GCCCGCGGCCACCCCCACCGCGGCGAAACGAAACCUUAUCCCCCAGAACCACGCGGAUAAACCCUAGCUGCGGUGCGCGCGCUCCCCCCGGCGAUGUCGGCGACGAUCCGUUCCGGGGAGCUCCUCGCGUGCCCCGUCGCGCUGAGGCGGGCGCCGCCCGUGGCGGUGUCGGUGGUGUCGGUGCGGACGAGGGCGAGGGCGGUGGCGGUGGCGGUGCGGGCGGAGGCGACGGCCGAGGGGGUAGGGAAAGGGGGGAAGAAGGCGGCGGCGGCGGGGAAGAAGAGGCCGGCGAGUGGGAUCACCAAGCCGAAGCCCAUCUCUCCGGAGCUGCGGGAGUUCGUCGGCGGCGCGCCGGAGCUGCCCCGGACCGAGGCCAUCAAGCUGGUCUGGGCGCACAUCAAGGGCAACAACCUCCAGGAUCCAAAUGACAAGAAGAUAAUAAUCUGUGACGACAAACUGAAGAAGAUAUUUGGAGGACGUGACCGUGUUGGGUUUCUUGAAAUCUCUGGGCUGCUCAACCCCCACUUCCAGAAAUGAUAGGAUUUUUUUUUGUAGAUCACUCCCUUCUGUACUAGCUGUGGCUGAUGUAUGAGCAUAUUUAGCUAAACCUGGUUAAGGUGGUUUAAUGAAGGCAAAUGUGUUCCCUGAAGAUGCAUCUUCUUCUAAUGUUUGCCA